AUUAUUUGUCCAUACAGGUGUGCGAAAAUGGCAAAGAGAAUUGCAGAAAAAGAACUGACUGACAGAAACUGGGAUCAGGAAGAUGAAGCUGAGGAGGUGGGAACUUUCUCAGUAGCCAGUGAAGAAGUCCUGAAGAACAGAGCUAUUAAAAAAGCAAAACGCCGAAAUGUUGGAACAGAGUCUGAAAGCGGAGGAGCUUUUAAGGGGUUCAAAGGCUUUAUAUUACCUUCUGGCAAAGCAGGAGGUGGCUUCAGUGGAUUUGGUAAUGGUGCAGGAAUAAAGCCUUUAGAGGGGCUGUCUAAUGGAAGCAGUAGUGUCUCUAGUACACCUUCUUUCAGCAGUUUAAAGACAACAUCUGAAACACAAAUGGCAUUUGGCUCCACAGCGUCAAAUGGUCCCACUGCUUCUGCCUUCACCGAAAAGAAGGCUGCAAGCCCCAAAGUCAAUGGUGGCAGUCAAGCGUCAUCAUCUGGCCAUUCUCAGAGUCAAAUGUGUAGCUCUGGCAUUUAUCACAAACAGUUAGCAGCUUUAAACUGUUCUGUGCGUGACUGGAUAGUUAAGCAUGUAAACACAAACCCGCUAUGUGAUCUGACACCAAUCUUCAGAGACUAUGAGAAGUACCUAGCAAAUAUUGAGCAACAACAUGGAAGCAAUAGUGAUAGUGGCUCUGAAAAUGAAGUCAGCAAGACACCAAGCACUCAGUCUGUUUCUACCUUUGGAAAUUCAAAGCCACAGCAAGGAUCAACAUUUUUGUUUAACAGCAAGAAAAAUGAGGAUACCUCGGACAAAAAAACUGAAAGUGCUUCAGAAAAGAGAGACCCAGCAGCAGGAGUUGGAUCAACUGUCUCAUUUAAUUUUGGAAAGAGCAUCGACAGUUCUGUUUUGGGUUCCCUUGGUUCUGGACAACUAAGCAGUUUCUCAUUUUCUCCUGGAAACUCAGGUUUGUUUGGAAAAGACGCAAACCAAGCUAAGCCUGUCAGCGCAGUGCCUACCAAUAUACUGGAAGCCCAGACAGAAAGUGGCAGUAGUGAUGAUAAAGGAGGAGAAGAGGAGGAGGAAGAGCCACCAAAAGUUGUUGUUAAUGAAAUAAAAGAAGAUGAUGCUUUCUAUUCAAAGAAGUGCAAACUGUUCUACAAAAAGGAUAAUGAAUUCAAAGAAAAAGGUGUAGGAACAUUACAUUUAAAGCCAGCAGGAAAUGAAAAAACUCAACUGCUAGUCCGAGCAGAUACCAAUUUAGGAAACAUACUGUUGAAUGUUCUAAUUCCACCCAAGAUGCCCUGCACAAGAACCGGAAAAAACAAUGUUCUUAUAGUUUGCGUUCCUAAUCCCCCGAUCGACGAGAAGAAUCCGACUGGUCCUGUCACUAUGUUAAUACGAGUGAAAACAAGUGAAGAUGCAGAUGAAUUGCACAAAAUCUUGCUGGAGAAAAAGGAGGCUUAAAAAAAGUUGCAGUCAGUGAUUGGAGGAAUUAUUGCCAAGCUACUGCUGCUUUUUUAUUUUUUUUCCUGCCCCCUCUUCCAUAACUUCACUUGAACACCUAACUUUACUCUGAUAUUAAGAACUAUUAC